CACCAACACCUGAGAUUGUAAACAACUGGUCACCACUCAUGAAUGGAUGAGCACUCCAGAGGUUUCUGAACAUGUUGAAUUUAUCAUGACACUGCUUUGAUAUUACAGGGUACAGCGCAGACCUGCUGCCUCCUCGACCUCCUCAUCGCCCACCCACACGCCCACCGCAACCGAUUAACAACAGUUGGGCAUUUGCCCCGCCUCAUUCCUCCGCAUAACAUAUAUCAUGGCGGAUCAACCAAUAUCUCUGAGGUGGUCGGCCUCUUACAGCGUUGUUCCUUCUUCCGACCGGGCUGCCAGAGGUCUCGAGGGCGACAAGAUCCGCCUGCCACAGACAGCCCUCGAGAACCUCCUUUCGGAGUCUGCCAAGCAGACGACCAACCUUGGUUCUGCCUACGAUCCUUCGAACCCAUAUAUACGCUCUGCUAGACCUGAAUACUCCGAUUCCUUGGCCGGAUUUGUCGGCCAGCUGCCGAAUCCUCUCAUGUUCCGACUAGUCAAUCCUAUCAAUGGGAACAUGGUCUACGCAGGCAUACGUGAAUUUUCUGCCGAGGAGGGGGAUGUUGCACUGAGUCCGUAUCUCAUCGAGGCUCUGGACAUCAAAGAGGGCGUCGUCCGCUCAGGUGAUGGCCAUACUGAGCAGCAGCAGACCCUGGAGUCGACUGGAUUCAACGGGUCUGCAGAUCAGCCACAAAUACGAGUAGAGGCAAAGACAUUACCGAAAGGAACAUAUGUCAGACUACGGCCGCUGGAGGCUGGGUACAACCCAGACGACUGGAAGGCGCUCUUGGAACGGCACAUGCGCGGCGCAUUUACCACUUUGACCAAGGAUGCGGUGCUGUCGGUUCGCGGUGUCAAGGGCGAGACCUUCCAGUUCCUGGUAGACAAGUUCGAACCCGAGGGCGAUGGUAUCUGUGUCGUGGACACAGACUUACAGGUCGACAUCGAAGCCCUGAAUGAGGAGCAGGCACGCGAGACAGUGCGGCAGAUCAUGGCCAAGGCGCAGAGGGCGCCAGGAACUGCCGAUGGAAGCUCGGCCGGUGGCCCAAUCGAUAUAUGGAAGCCAUUGCAGGGUCAGGUGCUGGAUGGAGAAUACGUUGACUACGAGCUCGACUCGUGGGACAAGAGCCGGGACCUAGUGAUCGAACUGAGCGGUAUCCAGGACGGUGACGAGAUCGAUCUCUUUGUCAGUCCUCAUUCUGCCCGUUCUCGUGUUCCACCCCGGGACUCCGAACAUGUCUUUGGCGAGCUGUCCACCCCGUUGCAGGGGAGCAAGGAGAUUGUGCUCUCUGCGCGGAAUGCGGAGUUGGACGGUGCAGAUGGUCUGUGGAUAUCGGUCCACGGGUACUCCCCAGCGGAGGGUACUCCGCCUACGGCACGACCACGGCCUUUUAUAUUACGCGCGAGAGCUGCUUCGGAUCAUGAUGUAGCAGGUAGUCCAGACGAUGCGGUGGAACAUCCAGCAGAUGAAGAGCGGUGCAAGAACUGCCUCCAGUGGAUACCAAAGCGCACCAUGAUGCUGCACGAGAACUUUUGUUUGCGCAAUAAUGUGGUAUGCCCACACUGCAAGAACGUGUUCCAGAAACGCUCUUUGGAAUGGCAGAAUCACUGGCACUGCGACUUUGGUGAUGGAUUCGGUAGCAGUGCUGUGAGCAAAGCCAAGCAUGACGCGAUAUUCCACACACCACACGCUUGUCCUAGCUGCGGGCCAGAGCAGACAUUUCCCUCUCUCCCUCUCCUGGCACGGCAUCGCACAACCGUGUGCCCAUCAAAACUCAUCCUCUGCCAGUUCUGUCACCUGGAAGUGCCGCAGGAAGGCGACCCUGCCGACCCUGCGUCGGAGGCCGAGACAGCUAUCACAGGUCUUACGCCCCACGAGCGGGUGGACGGUACCCGUACAACAGACUGCCACCUCUGCGGCAAGAUCAUCAGGCUCCGGGACAUGCCAGCGCACAUGGCGAAUCACGAGCUCGACAAGAAAUACCGCGAGGCACCACAGAUCUGCCGCGACAAGCUCUGCGGACGAACCCUGUAUGGUGUUGGGCCGCGAGGCCAGAUAGGCGCAGGACUGCGCAUGGGUCAGGGCCCCGGGAACGACCUCGGUCUCUGCUCCAUCUGCUUCUCGCCUCUGUACGCUUCCAUGCACGACCCCGAGGGCAUGGCUAUGCGGCGGAGGAUCGAGCGGCGCUACCUCACGCAGCUGAUGUCAGGAUGUGGGAAGAGCUGGUGUGCCAACGAGUGGUGCAAGACGGGACGGAAGAAUGUCGGUCUCGGGGCCAGGGCCGUGACGGGCGGCACGGCAGGGCUGAUGGCCGAGGUGAAACCACUUGUGGCGGAGGUGGACGAUAAGAGUAAACCCAUGUUCUUUUGCGUGGACGAGGGAGGGCAGAAGCGGCGGAUGGUGGCGGACGUGCUCGCCUCUGAGGGCCUCUGGGAGCUAGAGUGGUGCGUUGCUGCUGCUGAGUCUGAAGGGCCGAAUCUCGACAAGGCGCGGGAAUGGUUGAAGAACUGGGCCCCUAUAAAGGUUGGAAAUAGAUCAAGGUGA